AUGACGAGCUUCCUUGAUUUGGCCCCAGUUGAAGCUAGUGAACUAAGUGUAGUUGAAGCUAUUAUCAAGGAAGAGUUUAAAAUUCUUGAUGUAAGAGAAGAGGAUGAGUGUGAAGUGACAGUGUUGACAGUGGUUACAACACACGUCCCCAACUACGGCUCUGUCACGGCUGUUCAUGCGGCUCCAGCUCAACUAUAUAAAGCUCCUUCAGAAACACAAGUAUGGGAUCAGGCAGCAGUACUUCUGAGCAACAUACAGAUGCGCCCGCCCUCCGCCACCACCCAGAACAGCCUGGGUUUUGCGGAGGGGGCGCUGCUAUACGGUGGGCUGGGGACUGCCACGGCCGCUACACUCCUCACCAUAGCCCACGCUGUACUCUUCGCUGGUCGCAGGAAGCGUGACCUGAGGUCGCUGCUGGCGGAGACCCGGGAAGAUCCUGACCUGGCGGCCAACUUCGAGAAUAUAUACGCCAAUGACAACAACUGGUGCGGCCUGAAGCUGACCUGUGAGUUGGCUGCCAAGGAAUUACUCUCAUUCUUCAAGGGCGUGGUGUCCACGGAGGACCUGCAGGUGAUGUCCACGCCGGAGCUCUACUACUCGUACGCCUCCCACCUGGGGUUCUCUCAGGGGUCACAAAACAAGUGCCGACACCUGUACGCCAGGUGUCCUUACUCCGUCAAGAAGAUGAUGACAAUCUACAGGACCGCCCACUCCAGGGUCAACCGCAGGCGAAAUGACCACCUCAGGCCCAGCUACUGAGUACCUGGUGACACCCUGGGGUUACCUGUGACACCUGCAGUCCCUGGUGACCCCAUGUGGUUACCUGUGACACCUGCAGUACCUGGUGACACCCUGGGGUUACCUGUGACGCCUGUAGUACCUGGUGACCCCAUGUGGUUACCUGUGACACCUGCAGUACCUGGUGACACCCUGGGGUUACCUGUGACACCUGUAGUACCUGGUGACACCCCUGGGGUUACCUGUGACACCCUGGAGUUACCUGUGACACCUGCAGUACCUGGUGACACCCUGGGGUUACCUGUGACACCUGCAGUACCUGGUGACACCCUGGGAUUAUCUGUAACACCUGCAGUACCUGGUGACACCUGGGAUUACCUGGUGACACCCUGGGAUUACCUGUGACACCUGCAGUACCUGGUGACACCCUGGGGUUACCUGUGACACCUGGAGUUACCUGUGACACCUGCAGUACCUGGUGACACCCUGGGUUACCUGUGACACCUGCAGUACCUGGUGACACCCUGGGAUUACCUGUAACACCUGCAGUACCUGGU